AUGGCCUCUCAACCCUCCCAGCAGUAUGCAUUCCGUGCACAGAAAUCACUCGGCCUCGUUGGCGGUUCACCAAACUACGACUCCCUAAACAAUUUCCAAUCGCCCGAUGUCCCCGCACGUACCUACCAGUACAGCUCCGACGGACGUCUUUUUGCAUACGCUAUCCCAAGCGGGGUGCGGAUCUUCCAGGCCGAGAGUGCUCAACUGUUGCAAGAGCUUUUGCUGCCCAAUAUCGUCGAGAUCAACUUCUCUCCGCGUGGCACAUAUUUGUCAAUUUGGGAACGGCCAGUCAAGCUUGAGGACGGCUCGCAGCACAAGAACCUGCGAGUGUUCUCAGCCUCCACUGGGGAGGAGCUUGUCUCAUUCACACAGAAGUCGCAAGGAGGCUGGGACCUUCAAUACACCAUCUCUGAGUCGCACGCGAUUCGGCUUGUUGGGCAGGAGAUCCAGGUGUACCGGCCGGCCGAGUGGGCAAAGGGCAUCGUCGACAAAUUGAAGGUCGAGGGCGCUACGACCGUCACGCUUAGCCCCGGUCUAAACCCGUCGGUGGCAGUGUUCGUUGCCGAGAAAAAGGGUCAGCCAGCGAGCGUGAAGAUCUACAGCCUUGCCAGUAUCACUGGUUUACCCACAAGCCAGAAGACUUUCUUUAAGGCUGAUCGGGCACAGAUCAAGUGGAACACGCUCGGAACUCAAGUACUCGUGCUCACACAUCAGGAAGUAGAUCAGGCGAACAAGAGCUAUUAUGGCGAGACCGGGGGAUUGUACCUGCUUAGUGCGGCAGGCAACUUUGACUGCCGUGUGACACUAGACAAGGAGGGUCCAGUGCAUGAUUUCGCAUGGAGUCCGAACUCGAAAGAGUUUGGUGUGAUCUAUGGAUAUAUGCCCGCCAAGGCGAUGUUAUUCGACCAAAGGGCGCGCUCACUGCAUGACUUCGGAACUGCGUUCUGCAACUUCAUCUCAUUCAACCCACAGGGCCGUCUGUUCGCCAUGGCUGGUUUUGGUAACCUCGCUGGAAAGGUAGACAUCUACGACCGACGAUCUCUGAUCAAAAUCACCAGCAUUGACGCGUCAAACACGUCACACUGCGAGUGGUCUCCAGACGGCCGCUUCCUCCUCACUGCGACACUGUCACCGCGGUUGCGAGUCGACAACGGCAUUAGGAUCUGGCACUGCACUGGCCCUCUCCUGCAUGUGCAGCAAGUCGACGAGCUGUACCAGACAUCAUGGCGACCAACACCAGUAGACGUUGUACCUGCUUUCCCUCAGGUCAUGCCUCUAUGUCCACCCCCCACCGCCAGCGCGCAGCAGCACGCGACCGUGGCAAAGCCCACACCACUAAAGGCAGGUGCAUAUCGCCCACCUGGCGCGCGAGGGCUAGAGGCAUCGGCGGCAUACACACGAGACGAGGGUACUCCGAGUGGUUCCUCCACACCUAACGGGAGGUUCAGCCGUAGCCCAGCCCCAGGGCGCGUACAGACAAACGGUAGGAGACACGUUCCAGGCGCGCCGACGUCGCCGUCUCCCGUGCGCAACGGGGACGUCGAGCGCAGAGGGCGCAAGAAGAAGAGCGGGAAGAAAGAAGGGUUGUCGUCUCCUGCCUCUCCUGGCGUGGAGGAGCCACGUCCGUCGAUUGAAGUCCAGAUAGACGGUGCUGUGGAGGAACCGUCGAGCCCCGUAAACGGCUCUGUGCCACCUACACCUAGCGGCGACGGCAGCACUCUGGAUCCGAUCGCGAAGAAGAUUAGGAACUUGAACAAAAAGUUGAAGGCCAUCGAGGAACUCAAGGAGAAGGCCGAGAAGGGCGAUCGUUUGGAGGCGACGCAGCUGAAGAAGAUCGAUAGCGAGGCGGAGAUCCGGAGAGAGCUUACAGCUCUUGGUGCAUCUUCGUAA